AUGGGUGCGCCGCAUGGCGCCAUCCCCGACACCCACCUGGCUAUCACCUUCCACGGGAAGUGCAUUGUGAAGGUGGAGACUGUACCAGCUCCCCGGCUGCAGGAAGCGGGCGAUGCCAUCGUGCAGGUGGACCUGUGCGGCCUGUGCGGCUCCGACCUUCACCCCUACCACUGCCGCGAGCAGGGCCUGGAUGCAGGGACUGUGAUGGGCCAUGAGUUUGUGGGGCACGUGGUUCAGACAGGCAAGCAAGCGGGCCGGCAGGCCGGCAGGGCCGGCGUGCAGCAGUUCAAGGCGGGCGAUAGGGUGAUGUCCCCUUUUACCGCCAGCUGCGGGGCCUGCUUCUACUGCCGCCACAACCUAACUGCAAGGCAAGUGAUGCCUGCAUCAGGUGGUUGCGCCCUGGGCCUGCACGGCGCACAGGCGCAGUACGUCAGGGUGCCCAUGGCGGAUGCCACGUUGGCCCUGGUCCCGCCCGAUGUGUCGGAUGAGGAGGCGCUGCUGCUGGGCGACAUCUUCAGCACAGCAUAUUUCGCUGCCUGCAACGCCGGCAUUGCUGAGCUGGCGGCGAUCGCCGCCGUCCAGCGGGAGGCGGGCCCAGUGGUGGCGAUCGUGGGCUGUGGCCCCGUGGCGCUGCUGGCAGUCCUGGGCGCCCGUGAGCUGGGCGCUGCGUCUGUGUUCGCAAUAGACUCGGUGCCUGAGCGCCUGGCGAUGGCAGAGCGCUUUGGGGCGGUGCCGCUGAACCGCGACCAGCUAGACCCGGUGGCAGCGGUUAGAGAGGCAACCGGCGGCCGCGGCGCAGACUGCGUGCUGGAGGUUGUUGGCAGCCCCUCGGCGCUCAGGACGGCUAUGGAUCUGGUGCGGCCUGGCGGUACCAUCUCCUCUGUCGGCUGCCACACAGAGGCCACCUUCCCCUUCUCCCCGGUGACUGCCUACAACAAAAACAUCACCUACCGGAGCGGCCGCUGCUCAGCACGGUGCGUGUACGGCCUGACUGCAGUACACAGCGGUGCAGCAGCACACCGGCCCGGCCUAAUUCUGCGUCGAUCUGCUUGCUGCCAAGCCACAUGCCUCCCCUCGUCUGCCUGGUGCAGGUACUACAUGGAGUGCCUGCUGCCGCUGGUGCGCAGCAAGAAGUACGACAUCACCGCCGUUAUCAGCCACCGCCUGCCACUGUCAGCUGGUGUGGAGGCCUACCAGCUCUUCGACAGCCGCGCCGCGGGGUGCACCAAAGUCGUGAUGCGGCCCUGGCAGCAGGAGGAGCCGCAGGAGCAGCUGGAGGCCUAG